GCAUUGUCGGAGUUUUACUGUGCCUCAUUUCACUACAUUACAUAACUAGAUUAUUUAAAUGAAAAAAGUGCUUAAUCGUAGGAAAUAUAUAUAUUUCUAGUUGCGGAUGCAGGAAUUGAUGUGGUGAGAAACUCUUGAUGAAGAAACCACAAAGAGGGAACUUGUGGUAACCUACAGUAACAUUUUGAUCAAGAAAUUGCAGAAGUGCGGAUCCAUAUGCAAGCUUUUAUUCCUUGACAUGGUCUAAACACAGACAGGGUCGAAACAGGAGCAAACAGUGAAUUCAGUGGAUACGUUUAACCAAAGAGACUCGAUCAGAAAUAUAUCUGCCUGUCAGUGAUGGACCAGCAUAAAUCAGGGUUUGACACUUGUGGGGAUCAACUAGAAGAGACAUGUAAACGGAAGCUUCACAUUUUUGAUGACUUCAAAACAAUGAUAAACAAAUUGAACUUAGAUUUUGACACAAAGCAUCAGUCACUCACUGGUCAAAUAGAGAAGCUCACCUCCAUCACUAAUGAACUGGAGUCCAUGCACAAGAACACUACUGUGGGCAGUUUGACAGGAGCAACAAUGGGAGCAGCUGGAGGAAUCGCAUCUAUAGUGGGUCUGGCUUUGGCCCCGGUCACAUUAGGUGUUUCUUUAGGUCUUACUGCUGUUGGUAGUGUUCUUGGAGUAGCUGGAGGAGCAACAGGUGUAAUAUGCAACAGCAUUAAUAACAGCGAGCAGAAACGCCUGCGAGAGACUCUUGAGAAGAUCACCAGUGAUUUCCAGGUCACAAUAAAUGCAAUGCUUGAGAUUAUUAAUACAAUAAUCAACAGCACAGAAUAUAUACAACAGCUGGUGCAGCAGGAUAUGAAUGAUUAUAUACCAGCCAGGAUGAUGCAGGGAGGAAAAGAUAAAGUGAGAGGCAUUGCAGCCAUUUCAGGACUUCCUAAAGCUGAAAUGUCCCAAAAGAGUGAAGUGGCUAAAUACUUUGACAAUGCUGUAUUAUUGUCUAAACAGGCUAAAACAGCCUUCAAGUCUGUCAAAAAGAUUAGUUCAUCUUCAGAGACUGUCAGAAACAUUCAUAUGACAUCAAAGGUUGCCAAAUCUAUGCGUUUGUCUUCAGAGAACGUCAGAGUUGUCAGUGUGUCUGCAAAAACGGCAAAAGCUGUCCGUUCAGCAGCAGCGCUCAGCGGUGUAAUCUCAGCUCUGUUUGUUGCUGCUGAUGUUUACUGCAUUGUUAAAAAUUCAGUGGAGAUCUAUGAAAUGAAUAAUUCGGCAGACGAAAAGAUUGCGAAAAAAACCAAAUCAGAUGCUUUGAAAUUCAUUCAUCAGAUGAAAGAAACAGCUCGUCAUUUUGAGACGACUCUGAAAGAAAUUAAAGACGCUAAAGACACUGCUAUCAGAGAGUUUAAUACAGAGUUUGAAAAUGGCACUUCGGUCCUGGUUAGACAAAAGCACAGAGGCAACUAUAAUGAUCUUCUUAUAUUGAGCAUUGGUUUGAAUGUUUUUUUUAUUUUGUAUUUUUUAUUCUUUAGCCCUUAAGAGUAGCUCUUCACAAAUAAACCACUUAAUCUGGGUUGUAUUUUGUUUCUGUUGUUCUGUUAUACAUAUUACCAUAGUGUAAUGUAAUUUGGUCUGCAGUGUGAAGUGAACUGUCAUUAUUUUUUCUCUACUUAUGGAUCCAAUAUACUGUAUAAUUAACAAAAAAUGUAAUAAAAAAAAAUAAUGAAAAAUAUACUUUAUACAUUUAUGUACAAACACAUAUACAAAUGAUGUUCAGAGGAUGCUUUUUGCUGACAGUAGAGUCUACGACCAUUAACAGCCUUGAAAUGGACUUUAAAUAAGACUCUGUUUAAACCUGCUAUUAAGAUGCAUUUUGGUCGAUCAAUCAUUGUGAUUAUUUUCAUUCAUUUAAAAUGUGUCUGUUUUAAAAGGCAUUGUGUCUCUUUAUCUUGUUAAUCCUUCUAAUUCUUCUAGCCUCAUUGUUAGCUCUAAGGAGAGGGUGCCAUGUUUUCUUUUAAAUAUGUUCACCACUGUUUUUGGGAAUCAAGAUAGUAGAGGGAAGAUUAAGUUGUUUGUUCUGUUUUGGUGAUUUAGUUCUCUUUCUGGGAGUUAGUGACCUUUAUCUUUGUUGUUUUGGCUAAGACCCUCUCCUGAGGAUUAAUUACUUGCAUUUUCUUAUGUAGUGUUAUUAAAAUAAACACUUUUUAUUUUCCACAACAA